AUGGAGAGUAUAGAGCUGGUCCAGUGUUCCGCGACCGGGACGAAAACCACACUGUCCAAGGGGACACAGCAAGUGUCCAAGGGGACAGUAGACCUUACAAGUGUCCAAGGGGACACAGCAAGUGUCCAAGGGGUCAGAGCAAGAGGGACCACCACCCCAGUCCAAGGGGACAUUGGCACCAAGUGUCCAAGGGGACAGAGCAAGUGUUCCAAGGGGACACAGCAAGUGUCCAAGGGGACAGAGCAAGUGUCCAAGGGGACACAGCAAGUGUCCAAGGGGACACAGCAAGUGUCCAAGGGGACACAGCAAGUGUCCAAGGGGACACAGCAAGUGUCCAAGGGGACAGAGCAAGUGUCCAAGGGGACAGAGCAAGUGUCCAAGGUGACAGAGCAAGUGUCCAAGGGGACAGAGCAAGUGUCCAAGGGGACAGAGCAAGUGUCCAAGGGGACACAGCAAGUGUCCAAGGGGACACAGCAAGUGUCCAAGGGGACAGAGCAAGUGUCCAAGGGGACACAGCAAGUGUCCAAGGGGACACAGCAAGUGUCCAAGGGGACACAGCAAGUGUCCAAGGGGACAGAGCAAGUGUCCAAGGGGACAGAGCAAGUGUCCAAGGGGACACAGCAAGUGUCCAAGGGGACACAGCAAGUGUCCAAGGGGACAGAGCAAGUGUCCAAGGGGACACAGCAAGUGUCCAAGGGGACAGAGCAAGUGUCCAAGGGGACACAGCAAGUGUCCAAGGGGACAGAGCAAGUGUCCAAGGGGACAGAGCAAGUGUCCAAGGGGACACAGCAAGUGUCCAAGGGGACAGAGCAAGUGUCCAAGGGGACAGAGCAAGUGUCCAAGGGGACAGAGCAAGUGUCCAAGGGGACAGAGCAAGUGUCCAAGGGGACACAGCAAGUGUCCAAGGGGACAGAGCAAGUGUCCAAGGGGACAGAGCAAGUGUCCAAGGGGACACAGCAAGUGUCCAAGGGGACACAGCAAGUGUCCAAGGGGACAGAGCAAGUGUCCAAGGGGACAGAGCAAGUGUCCAAGGGGACAGAGCAAGUGUCCAAGGGGACAGAGCAAGUGUCCAAGGGGACAGAGCAAGUGUCCAAGGGGACAGAGCAAGUGUCCAAGGGGACAGAGCAAGUGUCCAAGGGGACAGAGCAAGUGUCCAAGGGGACAGAGCAAGUGUCCAAGGGGACAGAGCAAGUGUCCAAGGGGACAGAGCAAGAGAAAAAAGAGCGAGGUGUAUGUAAAGAUUAA